AUGAGCAACAAAUCCCUCCAGCAAGCUCUAGCAAAUCUCCUCCCCACCCACGCCGAAGCUCUCCCACCAGAGCUUGUCAACCAUGCCUCAAACCUCCUCGCACAGUCUCGCAGCUACGGCAGCAGCUUGAGGCCGGAGGAGGAAAUCGCUAGACCAUAUGUCUGUGCCGAAAUCGCUUGCAAACGAUUAAGCAAAUCACUCAAGCUACCCCCUCUCCUCGGAAGGCCACCAUGUCCACCACGCGUGUAUAAGAAAACAUAUACCUAUCUCGAGCAGGCGUUGCUGAAAUCAUCCACAACGGCUUCAAGAACCACCCCAAGGAAACCAACAGGCACGUCUACAUCGCUACGGACACCGUCGAAGAAUUCCCCAGCAGUAACAGCAAAUGGUUCGCCCUUGAAACGUCCUCUCCCCAUGAGCCCCUUUCGAAAAACAGCGAAUAAUAGGCGAAAGGCACCUCUCCAGAGCAGCGUGGGGAUCAACAGCGUAUCGAACAAAAAAUCAAUUCAAGACGCGCCCUCCUGGACGAUGCCGCUUAUUCGACGGGUCUGCAAGGCACUAUCUACGCGCACACCUUCCUCCACAUCAUAUUCGCGCCCUACCAUCUCCCUGCUCUUACCACCGCAUAUCUUUGUGGGUGUCUCGUCAAUACUCUCAUUCAUUUCUGAACCAGGGGAGCAGUGGGAUGAAACACUAGCAGAAUUUCUUGCGCCGCUUUCGGUAAAGACGACGACGCAGAUUCGAAAUCCUGACUCACAGGAUACUAAAAUUUACAGAGAUAGGAUUUCUACGUUGAUUGUGGCGGUGUAUUUUGUUGUUCUUGCUCGUCGGCGGCCUUCGUCUUCCGCGGAGACGUUGGAUGUGGAUACAUAUAUUGAGAUGGCUUCUGCGGCAUUGGAAAGCCUUGGUUUGGAAGGAACCUCAUAUGUAAGCGAUGUGGAUGACUGGUUGUCAAUAAUAAUGUUGCGGAACUGGACGGUUGGGACUGAGUGGUUUGAAAAUAUUCCUGGUCCAGCCGUGGGUAAUGAAGAUGAAGUAGAAAAUGUUGAUGACGAAAAAAAUGAUGGUGAUAAAGAUAUAAUCGUCGGUUUGAAGAGAAAGAGGGCUCUCCGAAUGGAGAGUCGACGCCGGAGCCGCGAUGGUAUGGAAAAACCGCGGGGUGGUUUGCAGCCAGGGUUAGGCACGAUGAUGCAGGACCGCCUCAAUUGGUUGAGUGAGGAUAAGAGGGGGGAUUACUUGGAGUGGAAAGCAGGUAUAAUGGGGAGGAUACGGGCUAUUGAAAGUGGGAUGGUUGUUGGAUGA